GGCCAGGAGACACAGUCACCUGCCCCUGCAGCUCCAUCCUUACACCUGGGAUCUGCUCCCAGCUGACGCAGCCUGUGCCAUGGAAAGGGAGGCAGGCAGUGGAACAUGCUGAACCUUGUGGCUGUUUGAAGACUGUGGGGUUGGCAAAUUCCCCUGGAAGGACUAACACUCUCUGCAUGGCCAGGCUUAUCCUGUGACAAGCCAGCCCCAACAGCUUCCAACAUCCUCAGCCAGCCAGGGCCAGAACUUCUCCCAGAUGGCUGCCAGGCACCAAGCAGAGCAAGAGAGUGAGGAGGAGGAGGAACAGCAGAAGAGGAAGGCCUCAGCAGCAGGGCAGAAAGAGCAGCAAGGUCAGAAGGGGCUUAGCUUCAAAUGCCUUCGUUCUUUCCGACACAAGAUCAGCGGGGACAACUGGAGGAGGCAACAGGAUCCAGGCCUCGAAGCUGGCAGCAAGGAGCCAGAGGAAAAGAAAAUCGCUCUGGAGCUGCUGGAGACAGAGCAGGCUUACGUCAACCGCCUCCACCUUCUUGACCAGGUGUUCUAUACAGAGCUGAUGAAAGAAGCCAAAAAUGGGAAAACAGUCCCAGAGGAGGUGGUAAAAAUGAUCUUCUCCAACAUUUCUUCCAUCUACCAGUUCCAUGCCAAGUUCUUCCUGCCAGAGCUGCAGAAGCGCAUGGAGAAUUGGAGCUCCCACCCAAGGAUCGGGGACAUGAUCCAGAAGCUUGCACCAUUCCUGAAAAUGUACGGUGAAUAUGUGAAGAACUUCAACAAGGCUGUGGAGCUCAUCACUGUUUGGACAGAGAAAUCACUGCCCUUCCAGGAGCUCAUUGCUGACAUCCAGAAGAGGAAGGUCUGUGCUAACCUAACACUGCAGCACCAUAUGCUGGAACCAGUGCAGAGGAUCCCACGCUAUGAACUCCUCUUAAAAGACUAUACCCAAAAACUGCCGCCUGAGUCCCCAGAUCGGAAUGAUGCAGAGAAGGCUCUGGAGUUGAUUUUCAUGGUGGCCAAGCAUUCAAAUACAGCUAUUGCUGAGAUGUUCAACAACAUGCUGCUGUACUGCGUGCCUAAGGUCAUUCAGGUGGGCGCUGAGUUCCAGGUCCGCCUCCGCAUUGACAUGGAUGGCAUGAAGGUGCAGGAGCUGAAUGAUAUGCAAUUCCCUCACACCUUCCUAGUCUCGGGAAAGCAGCGGACACUGGAGCUGCAGGCCAGGUCUGGGGAGGAAAUGAAUGCCUGGAUCAAGGCUUUCCAGGAUGCCAUUGACAGGAAGGAGAAGAGGAGUGAGAGCUUUAAGAUGGUUGUGCGUGGGCUGGAGACAGGAAACCCCACACUCAAGACAGAAGAGCUGGGCUGCCGAGCCCCACAGUGGGUGCGGGACAACUUGGUGACCAUGUGCAUGCGCUGCAAGGAGCCCUUCAAUGCCAUCAUGCGCCGGAGACACCACUGUAGAGCUUGUGGAUACGUGGUGUGUGCUCACUGCUCAGAACACAAGGUGAAGCUGCAGUAUGAUGGGAACCGCCUAAACCGUGUAUGUCAGGAAUGCUAUGUGUUCCUGAUGGGCCAUGUAGUGCUGGAGGACCAGGAGUGGAAGCACAAAGGCAUCCUGGAGAAGGGAGCUGCAGAGAUAUCAGGCAGGAGUCUUCUGUGCAGUUCCCUGCAGCUGCUGGACAAGAACGGCAAGGGAGGCAUGAGGGGCUGGUUUGUUAUCCCAUGGGAUGAUUCCCUUGUGCUGUACAUUUAUGCAGCCCCCCAGGAUGUCCGAGCCCACACCUCCAUUCCACUGCUGGGCUACCAGGUAAGGGACCUGCCACAGGGCAAGGCCCAACACCUCUUCCAGCUGGCACAGUCCCAGCAGGUCUAUACCUUCCUGGCCGACACAGAGGAGCUGAAACAGCGCUGGAUGAGGAUCAUGGCACGCUGUGCUGCAGGGAUCAUACACCCAGAGGAGGGUGAAGAUGUGGACUCAUGCAGUGAGGCAGAGUGAAGCCAGGCCCAACUCCUGGGCUGCCUGGUGGGUCACACCUACCCACCAACACCUCCUGUUCAUAGCCAGACUUAGGCAGAUCCCCCACCUCUCUGUACUUUAAUUUUUCACUGCAAAAAGGGCAAGGUGGGGGUAUGUUUGUCACCAUAUGGACAAGCCAACUCCCCCUCCCCUCCCCUCCCUCCCCGCCCCUCCCCGCCCCUCCUCUCCCUUACCUGAAGAUGGAGGUACCUAGGAUGUGAGGUGGGGGCCAUGGCAUUCGGGAGAACCCACAGCCUGCCUGGCAUUGGUCUGCUGCGCUGUGCUGCCACCUGAGGGCAGCACAGCUUUCAUGCCUCAGCUUUCUUCCAAGCCUGGUGGUAGAUGCCAUAUGGCAGACAUAGCCUGCUGCCAUAAAUCUUUCUUCUUACCCCAGUGCAGUCUAAGGAGCCUUUAUGGAGGUUGUAUUUUCUGGAGUGUCCUGCAGGAUUGACAACAGAGACUGUUCCUUGGCAUAAUCUUACCCAUAACCAGGCCCAGUCUUGCACCUUGCUGAGACCAAGCUGGUAGCUUGACCUCACCCAGCUCGGGGACCUUAGUCCAGGAUUUAGGAUGCUGCUUUCCCAGCCUGUCAGCACUCCUGGCCUCACAGUGCUGCAGUCCCAUGGUGUGUGGGUACCCUGUAAAAAUGGACACCCCCAUCUGUGUCCCUGUGGUGGCCUGUACUCUGCCCAUCCCAGACUUUCCCAGGACCUCAGUCUGCUCACAAAUGCUUUUUGUAAUACACCAUAAAUGUUUGUUCAUUGUCUUUUGUAUUAUAAAAAACAAGGAGUUCUGUUUGAGGAGCGGAAGUUGCGAAAGCUCCCUGCUGAAGAAAGGAGCUGUAUAAUACUUGGCCAGACACUAUGAAAAUUCUUUUGCUUAAUGUAACAAAAAAGAGAACCCCCUCCCCUUCUCUCCUUCUGCAUCUCAGUUGCCUCUUUUGUUCAAGGACACUGCUGCAAAGCUCAUAUAACCACCUCCUGAUAAAUUGCUAAACUAGUGUAUCAACAUCCUGCCUUCCCGUCUCACGCUGGGCCAACAGGACCAAAUAAAAAUAGAAGUUGAACCACAACGCCAAGGAAGACUAUGGCCUUCAUCUUCACGGCCACCAGAGGGAC